ACUGGCUUGUAUAGUUAAACGGUUUUCACCAAAUAUUUGAAUAAAUUUGUGCUUAAUUUUGUUUUAAUUGUUUCAAUCUUAUAACUUGUUUCCCGAGAUAUUAUAAAUACAAAUAUGAUAAACUUGUCUUAUUGGAUUUUAACAAAACAUUCAAGCAUUAUUGAUACCAUUGUUUACUUGGAAAUAUGGAUCCAGAUUAGGUUUGGGCCAAUUAAUAGCUGUAAGGGAAAGUAAUGGUUCAUCAGUUGGAUCGUUUACCAGUCAAAUCAAUUCAUCAAUCCAGGAACCCAUUUCUAAGAAAAGGGAAUCCAAUCCAAAUUUUGAAGAGCUACAAGUGGCUGUGUCAUGUGAAAAAUUUACCCAAGAACAAUGUUUAUCCCAAUCUGGAUGCUUCAUUUGCCUUUAUGAAUGCCGCCCCAGGACUCUUAUUCAAUCUUGUCCAGAAAACAUUGACUAUCUUCCAAUAUCGUCUGAAAAAGUUGUAAAUAAUUUGAUAUUGUCCAAUGGUACAUUAGAGUUUUACUUUGGCAUUCAAUUUACCAAUCCAGUAACAGCUGUUAAUGUAUGGCUGGAUGUACCGUUCAAGAACUACAUCAACAUCACUGCCAGCUAUAAUUCCGUCAGCAAAAAAGUCACUUGUAAUUUAACUCCACAGAAUAAUUCCAUUGUCUUCCCUUUCUAUAAGACAUUUCAUGUUUUCAUCAGCGUUUAUUUUGGCACCAUUUACCCUUUACAUUUCAUCAUCUCAGAUCAAAUGCGAUUUGUCGACCCCAUUAUUAAGGAAAUUGGACCAAACUCUGCUUUAAUCAAUCAUCCAUCGAUUUUUACCUUUAAAUUUUCACGCAUCGCAACCAGACACAUUCAAACAGUUAAACUUGUUUAUGGCGAUUCAACCAUCGGAUGUAAAAUUGAAUCCAAAAAGACAGUCAACUUUAACUGUCAAUUCAUGGUCGUCGGUUCUACAGUGAAUUGGCAGUAUUUAACGAUUCACGUGGCAAAUAUCAACUGGUACUCAUACGCUUUCCAGUUAAACCCAUAUCCAACCGUCAAUCAGACGAGUCUAUCUCAAUCAUUCCCUGGUUAUUCGGUACCAUUUCAUUUCAUUGGAACAAAUUUUUACUCAUUCAGUAAUUUGGAGGUUUAUAUCAGCUACUUGAGUGGUGAUAAAAUGCUUCUUAAUUGUACUGUCGUUUCCGAUACAGAUUUAUACUGUUCAAAUGACAAGUUUCCCAGUGACUUGCCUGCUAUAGGAACUUUUGUUUGGUAUUCCCAUUCAAAUCAGUUGUUUAAUUUACCAGAUCUCAAAUUCAAGGCAAACCCUCCACCAGAUUUGGUGACUUUCAAACAAACGUCGAACCAAUUAAAAUUCGGAAUUUCUAACUAUCAUCCAGAUUACUUAUCCAAUACAAGUAUUCGUUUUGUAUGUGACUGUGAAGCUAACCUCUACUUUGGAUGCACCCAAAUUCAAUUCAAGUCUACUGAAAACCUUAUAACAUGUAUUUAUAACAACAUUAGUUUAACUGGAUCGUAUGCUUGGACGGCGAUCCUUUCGAUUGGAAGCCAUGAAUUUUCCAUGCUAUUGGUAGCGAAAGCUAAAAAAUCAAAGAUUUAUUAUGUUCUCCCACUGAUACCGCUUGGUUUGAUCGGAUCACUUGGAUUAGGUGCUUAUUGCUUUUGGAUACAAAAAGCACACAAACUAAAAAGUGAAAUCCUGUGGCCUGAGCCUGGAAAAUCAGCUACUUCGAUUCAAAAUUUUGCUACAAAAGCAGCCUCAACUCACAGGCUGAAUUCAUAUACAAAGUUCCCUGUAAUGUCACGAAGCGAUACCAAAGUAACUUCAAAAAGUCUAAUAAUUCCAUCUCAAACAAUUUAUUGAGCUAAAUUGAUGUGUUAAAGACGAUGUUUUGUCAUUCAAAAUCUCAAUACAAUCAAGCUUAUUUGUGAAGCUGGAAAUACAUUUUUUGAGAUUCUAGUGUGUAAUGAAUAAAAAUUAUUAAUUGAUUUUCAUUUGAAAUACAGAAUUAAAAGUGUUUUUGAUUUACUAUUAUAUCUAACCAAUGGUCAGUUAAAUAUUGUGAUUUAACUCGAUUUCAAUUUUUUCACAAAAUCUACAAUUAAUUGUAUGAAAAUUAAGCUAAUAAAGGUACAGUUUUUUGUAAUUUAAUAUACUCUUAAUUGUUUAAUAUGUAUAAUAAUAGGUUUUUUGUAUAAUGAGAAUAUUGAUGAUUAUAAGAUCAAAAUUAAACUAAUUACUAUAUUUGUUUAUUUCUCUUCUUUUAGUUAACAAGUUAAAAGAAAUGACAUCUUCAAUGUUUCGUUUCCCAAAUGAUCAUUAUUAUUAUAUGUAAUGUUAUUUAAAUUAUUGACAGUUGGAGUCUGAGGUCAAUAUAACAUUAAUUUGAUGUGAUUUGUGAGCAUGAAAAAAUUGUUUCUUUUGCUUAUGAAACAUCAUCAUCAUCAUCUUUUUCAUCCCACUAUCGCCAAAUAUAUUACAAGAACAAGAAUGACCAAGGAAACAAGGAUGAUCCAAGUCAGGAAACGAAACACAAAAAAAACAGAGAUAACAUGAAAUCUGAAUUGUCAGAAUCUCAUCGCUGUAUAAUGACAGUGGGACCAAAUCCUUUGUCUCUUUCAAACAAAAAGACAGAUGAUGGGACAAUGAAUUAAGGUACAUAAACUGUCGUUUGUUUCAUUCAUGUCCAUCUUUUGUGUAAAAUGGAGGAAUGAAGGAAUAACAAUAGAGAGAAGAAAAAGAACUGGAUCAAGUCAAUUUAACCUUAUCCAUAGUAAUAUGGCAAUAAUAAUAUCCUUCCGUGAUUCAUGUUGUUUCCAUCUUUGACUUGAUCAUCAUAAUCAUUACCAUUAUCAACAGCAAAAGAA